AUGAUCAUACAGGAUGAAGUCUGCUUUCCAGGCACCUUAGUGGACUCAUACCUCUUCACUCACUUAAUGAGCCCUCACCCAAAUCCUCACCAUGGCUGCUAUGGAGACAUCAUGACCAUGGAGACCUUGGGGCCCAGCUGUGAUUUAAACACUUUGAUUAGCUGUGGGAUCCGUGGUUCUGAAAUGUUUGUUGAGAUGGAUUUGAGGGCCAUAAAUCCUUACCAGACUCUGAUCAAAGAAGUGGGACAAAGGCAUUGUGUGGACCCUGCUGUCAUUGCAGCCAUCAUUUCCAGGGAAAGCCGUGGCGGAACCACCCUGCGAGAUGGCUGGGAGCACAGGGGACUUAAACUUGGUUUGAUGCAGCUUGAUAAACAAAUUUACCAUCCUGCUGGUACCUGGGACAGCAAAGAACAUCUUUUGCAGGCUGUUGGGAUUCUUACAGACGGAAUUAAGAUAAUCCAGAAAAAUUUCCCCACGUGGAGUGCGGCUCAACACUUCAAAGGUGGUCUCUUGGCAGAGCUAAGUUCUACAGAAGACAGAGCUAUUAGGCAAAGCUCUGUGGGUGGACCAGGAUGGAAGGAGGUACCCUUUGAAAAACAAGAAAUAGUAAAGUCUUUUAUUCCCUGA